AUGAGGCGGCAACUCUGCUGCACAUUUCGUGCGGACGUGGAAGAAAAGGCCAGCGUUCCGUCGCAAUGUGACAAUGCUUGCGUGCGCUCAGGCGGGGGAAGUCAACCUGAUACACCAGUAUCCACUUGCCUGCAGGUCCAGCACGUGCGGUUCCGCCCGGAGGAAGUCAACCUGAUACACCAGUGUCCAUUUGCCCACAGGCCAGGAGCGCACGGCCCCGCCCCCGUUGGCAGACACGCCCACCAUCGCGCCGCCCCGCCCCCGCGCGGGCCAGCCGCGCGCCAGUCGCUCGCGCGCCGUGGCCCCGGCAUGUACUCCCUGUACCGCGCGUGGCUGAUGCGCGACGCCGUGCUGUCCACGCCGCCUGACGUCAUCCUGCACGUGGGCGCGGCGUCGCGCACCGUGCAGCAGUUCGCGGCGCACCGCUGCGUCGUGGCGGCGCACAGCGGCUACCUCAAGGCGCUGCUGCCCGCCGCGGGCGAAGCCCAGACCGAGACCGUGUCGGUGAGCGUGCCCAAUGUCAGCCCAGACGUGUUCGCGUCGCUGCUCACCUUCAUGUACACCGGCUACAUGGACGUCACCCACGAGAACAUCUACGCCGUGCUGCUGGCCACGCACCUGCUGCACAUGCCGCGCGCGCUCGACCUGUGUCGGUCCUUCCUCGUGCAGAACCAGCAGCCACCGCCACAGCAGCAGCUGCCCACGCUGGUGAAGCCCAUCCCGAGCCGCAAGAUGCUGCCCGUGGUGCUGUUCCCGCCGCCCUCCGCCGGGCCCUACUGGCCGCCACCCAGCCUGCUUCUGCCGACCGACAACUCGCCCUUCCGCAGCGUGGCCCCGGCGGCCGAGGCCACGCUCGCCGUCCCGUCCACCUCUUCCGCCGCUCCCGCCACUCCCGCCGCUCCCGCCGCUCCCGCCGCUCCCGCGGGCCGGCUCCCUUCGCCGCCCAACACUUCCGAGAGCUCGUCGCCCCUCCUCGCGCCGGCGCUCCUACCCAGAAGCAGCGCCUCCAAGAAGGAGACGAGCAGGUCCGACAACCAGAAAAAUCCGCACAAGGUAACCAACGCCAAGGAAAAUAGAAGGGUGCACGAAAAAAGCGAACACACCCCAACAGACCAUUCUGUAUGCACUAGUACCAACGCCGCUAGCAGUGGCGGCAAAGUUAUAAUAGAUAUUGCCUGUUGUGACGGUCCUGUUCGGUUCCACCGGGUUUUAAAUGAUAAUUAUGGUUUAACACUCGACGAACUAUUACCAGACAAACUGAAAACUUUCUUCGACAUAAACGAUAAAGUGACGCAAAAAGAAAAUGAGCGACUAUGCUCUGAAAAGAUUCAAUUGAAAAUGCUCAAAACAGUGAAUGAAACAAAAAUUCUUUCGAACGAAGGAAGUAAUGCAACACAGUUAACUUCUGACGAGUGCAUACAAGAACCAUCGUGUAGCACUGCAGGAACCAAAGUUAUGGAAGUACUACAGCCUCAGACAUCGAGCACAGAGUAUCUGUCGAAAACAUCCUCCAAUGUCACAGAUUACGAGGACUCUUCAAUGACAAAAGGAAGCAAUCACAGCACAGGCCCAAACAACAAUGGCAUAGACACAGUGUAUACAUGUCUUUACUGCAAUCAUGCCUUCAAGAGCCACUACUGUUACCAGAAACACGCAAGGCGUCAUAUUAAUCCAGUUACCAUAGACCUAAAAUGCAUUGCAGACAGAUUAGAAGGGACCAACAAAAAUGUCCCUGCUUGUAAGCUUGCAACUCCUGAGAAACCCCCGACCAACAGCAGCACAACAAUUAACGGAAAAACCAAGGACAAAGUUAGGCGAGAGGUACGGCUUCUAGACAUGAACGUACAGUAUUAUCCAUGUAAAACGUGCGGCUCAAAAUUUCCAAGCUACUAUUUUGUGCACAAGCAUCGCAAAAUGUGCCAUGCUAAUGAAGAAACAGACUCUUUGUUUGGCGCUGAUGAUACUCACUCUCUCCCUCACAAACCACUGUAGUGCAAGUUUUCCAAAACAUCAAAUUCACAUCAAAACUACUGACUGAGAAUAUCCCGACCAUUGCUUACAGAACAAUAACCAAACAAGAAAAUACAAGAUUGCUUGCUGUCGUGAAAAUCCGCAUGUGUAUUUAAAAAAAAAUGUAUGUGCUGUAGAAUAGCAAUACCUGUAAGUAUUCUUAGAAUAUUUUACUGAUAAAGCUCAUACAUUCAAUGAGUGUGUA